AGAAAUGUUUAUCCAAUGAGCUAACUAUACUCAUGACUGCAUGACGCUGUUUCCUAUAUAAGAAAGGCUGUUAGCACUUGAGGGCUCAGUGUACUUCAGAGUCAGGACUUGUAGUACUCCACCAGCCAUCAUGUGCGACGACGAUGCAACAGCCCUGGUUUGCGACAAUGGAUCCGGCAUGGUCAAGGCCGGCUUUGCCGGAGACGAUGCCCCUAGGGCUGUUUUCCCCUCAAUCGUCGGUCGCCCUCGUCACCAGGGUGUGAUGGUCGGUAUGGGUCAGAAGGACGCCUAUGUAGGAGACGAGGCCCAGAGCAAGCGAGGUAUCCUGACUCUCAAGUACCCCAUCGAGCACGGCAUCAUCACCAACUGGGACGACAUGGAGAAGAUCUGGCAUCACUCCUUCUACAACGAACUCCGCGUUGCCCCUGAGGAAUCCCCAGUCCUCCUCACUGAGGCUCCCCUCAACCCCAAGGCCAACCGCGAAAAGAUGACCCAGAUCAUGAUUGAGACCUUCGGUACCCCUGCUAUGUACGUAGCUAUCCAGGCUGUCCUGUCCCUCUACGCCUCUGGUCGCACAACUGGUAUUGUGCUCGAUUCUGGCGAUGGUGUGACCCACACUGUCCCCAUCUACGAAGGUUAUGCUCUUCCCCACGCUAUCCUCCGUCUGGACUUGGCUGGCCGUGACUUGACGGCUUACCUCAUGAAAAUCAUGACUGAGAGAGGCUACUCCUUCACCACCACCGCUGAACGAGAAAUCGUUCGCGACAUCAAGGAGAAACUUUGCUACGUCGCCCUCGACUUCGAGAGUGAAAUGAACGUGUCUGCUGCUUCAACUUCUCUUGAGAAGUCCUACGAACUUCCUGACGGUCAGGUCAUCACCAUCGGUAACGAACGUUUCCGUUGUCCCGAGUCUCUCUUCCAGCCUUCCUUCCUGGGUAUGGAAUCCGUUGGCAUCCACGAGACCGUCUACAACUCCAUCAUGAGGUGCGACAUUGAUAUCAGGAAGGAUCUGUUCGCCAACAAUGUGCUCUCUGGUGGUACCACCAUGUACCCUGGUAUUGCUGACAGGAUGCAGAAGGAAAUCACUGCCUUGGCUCCUUCCACCAUCAAGAUCAAGAUCAUCGCUCCCCCUGAGAGGAAGUACUCCGUCUGGAUCGGCGGUUCCAUCUUGGCUUCACUGUCCACCUUCCAGUCCAUGUGGAUUACCAAGGAGGAAUACGACGAGUCUGGACCCGGCAUCGUCCACCGUAAAUGCUUCUAAUUUAUGAAUAUUUCCAUAUUGUUGCAAUGGCGUAGGAAGAUAAAUGUCUCCAUAUCAUCUUCAUCGGGGAAUAUACACGAAACAUAAACUAUAAACAUCCAUAUUGGAAGAGUAUAACAACCUGAACAAUAAAGAGUAUAUUUAUUUAA